UUUUCAUAUAUUUUUUAAGUUAAUGAAGAUUAGGCGAAUCAAGUGCUUCAGAUUAGAGGGGAAUUGUUCUCUUCAUAAAGAUCAAGAGGUUCUCUCUUUGGACUUCUCUGUUCUCCAAGGAGCCUGGUCAUCUUUGUAUGUUUAUUCCCCCAAUUUGAACAACGCAGACAAAAACCAGGCAGUUUCUUCUCUUGGGAAACUUACAUUUUUCCUUCAGUUUUGAAGAUUUAUGCUCCAAGAUUUGCUUUAAGCUGCCUGGGUUAUUAACUAAAGGGGAGACACCACACCUCACAGCAUGCCCUGUAGAAACUCUCUAGGUAACUUUACCUGCUAACAAAGUGGCUCUCUAUGGAUUCCUUUCCAAGCCGGUUUCAGUGAACCGCUCUUCCUUCUCAAAUGGAUGAGGGUAGCUCUUCAGCACCAUGGAGAGGUCUGAGCAGCGCGUAAGGGCCGCGUGGGACUGCGACCCAGGCAAGCAAGCUGACAGAGAUUACCGAGAGGAUGGGAUGGAUCUAGGCAGUGACGCCGGCAGCAGCAGCAGCAGCCGCGCCAGCUCACAAUCCAACUCCACCAAAGUGACCCCUUGCUCCGAGUGCAAAUCCUCAUCGUCGCCGGGGGGUAGCUUGGACUUGGUGUCUGCUCUGGAAGACUAUGAAGAGCCCUUCCCGGUCUACCAGAAGAAGGUGAUUGAUGAGUGGGCUCCGGAGGAGGACGGGGAGGAGGAGGAAGAGGAGGACGAUCGAGGGUAUCGGGAUGACCGCUGUCCGGCCCCGGAGCCGGGAGACGUGAGCGCCAGGAUCGGCAGCAGCGGCAGCGGGAGCAGGAGCGCCGCCACCACCAUGCCGUCCCCGAUGCCUAACGGCAACCUCCAUCCUCACGACCCUCAAGACCUCAGGCACAAUGGCAACGUGGUGGUAGCUGGCCGGCCGAACGCCUCCCGGGUUCCCCGGCGACCCAUCCAGAAGACCCAGCCUCCAGGGAGCCGGCGCGGAGGCCGGAACCGGGCAUCUGGGGGCCUCUGCCUUCAGCCACCGGACGGUGGGACGCGGGUCCCGGAAGAACCCCCUGCGCCCCCAAUGGACUGGGAGGCAUUGGAAAAGCAUCUGGCCGGGCUGCAGUUCCGGGAGCAGGAGGUGCGAAACCAGGGUCAGGCGAGGACCAACUCCACCUCUGCACAGAAGAAUGAGAGAGAGUCUAUCAGACAGAAGUUGGCACUCGGAAGCUUCUUUGACGAUGGCCCAGGAAUCUAUACCAGCUGCAGCAAAAGUGGGAAGCCAAGCCUAUCCGCAAGACUACAGAGCGGGAUGAACCUCCAGAUAUGCUUUGUCAAUGACAGCGGCAGUGACAAGGACAGCGAUGCAGAUGACAGUAAGACCGAAACCAGCUUGGAUACGCCCUUGUCCCCCAUGAGCAAGCAGAGUUCUUCCUAUUCGGAUAGAGACACUACUGAGGAGGAGUCUGAAUCCCUGGAUGACAUGGACUUCCUCACAAGGCAAAAGAAGCUACAAGCUGAAGCCAAAAUGGCCCUGGCCAUGGCCAAACCAAUGGCCAAAAUGCAAGUAGAAGUGGAAAAACAGAACAGGAAAAAGUCUCCCGUCGCUGAUCUUCUCCCACACAUGCCUCACAUAAGCGAAUGUUUGAUGAAAAGAAGCUUAAAGCCCACCGACCUGAGAGACAUGACUAUCGGGCAGCUACAAGUGAUCGUCAAUGACCUCCACUCCCAGAUUGAAAGUUUGAAUGAAGAGUUGGUCCAGCUGCUCCUCAUUCGAGAUGAGCUGCACACAGAACAAGAUGCCAUGCUGGUGGACAUUGAAGACUUGACUAGACACGCUGAGAGUCAGCAGAAGCACAUGGCUGAGAAAAUGCCGGCGAAGUGAAAGAGAGCCAUCCACCAGAGGACAAGCUAGAAUUUAUUUUGCUUCUGUGGUCGUAAAAAUUGCUGUUGCUAAAGGUGGCUCCGAAACAGACAUCAGUGUUAGUCAUUGGUAACGUCCGAGCUUACUGUCCCGUGACUGGCCUUCGCUUCUUAAUUUAUUUUAAUUUCUUUCUCUCCUUUCUUUUUCUUUUUUUUUUUUAACUCUCGCCACUUACUAUCAGGCCUUUUAAUAAAAUAUUGUUACAAGAACUGUACAGUACUUAAACCACCAACAACCGUGGAUAAGCAGAGGGUAGUUUUGACUUUGUUUUUGUUUAGAGACUUUAAGUUGGAGCAGUAUUUUACCAUUGACUGUUUCAUUCUUCACUGUAGCUUUGAAGAGGAACUGUAAAUGACGGUGCUAUACAAGUCAAAAUACAUGCCUGCCUCGUAGUGAAGUCGUAGCUCUCCAUACUACGUAUAUUUUAAUCAGUUUUCAACAUUUUGUGAAUGUUGACUACCUGAGGUUUAUUCUUAGAUGUGCUAUUAACAUUCUGUCGGAUCCACAUGGUUCCUUGGGAGUUUUAUGUAUAAAUAUGUAAAAUAAAAAUUAAAACUUUGUUUCAUAUGAUA